AUGGGCCUCGACAGACCAAAGCAGGACAGUGGCACAAAGAGAUCGAGGGCUCGGCUCUCAACUGCACCCCUUGGUGAUGAACCCAAGGCUGGCAUGUGCAACUGGUGUCAUCAUCUGCGAUUUGCGCUGCAGGGCAGCGACUUCUACAACAGCUCGUUCGCUUGGAGAGUCCGGCAACUUAUGCAAAGCCGAUGUGUCUCCACGAUUAUGAUGCUAGCGCUUGCGGUGGCGCUUGUCCUCCCUGACCUUACCAAGCUGCUGGACGUGUCACAGAACGUUUGGCCUGACUGUGUCUUGACCAUGAGCAUGGCGAUGUUUAUUUGUGAGCUGGUGGCACUGUCGCUGACCGACGCGAACUACCUGUUCAGCUUUUUCCAGUGCAUGGACACGGUCGGGACAGCAUCGAUGGUGUUCGACAUCUCCUUUCUGAUGGGCGUGGACGUGGCUGAGCCCACACUCCCAGACCAAGACACUGCUGAGUCGCGCGUCAUGCUGCUUCGAGCUAGCCGGGCAGCAAGGGUUGGAGCCCGUGCCGGCAGGUUGACGAGAAUUCUCCGCUUGUGCCGUUGUUUGAUUGAUUUAGAUGAUGAAGAUUCGUCCGGAAAACGCCGAAAGAUCGAGCAGUUGGAGCCGAAAGACGAGGCACAGCAUCCGAAGCGAAGCAUUGCGAAAGUCAUCUCUGUGAAGUUGGGGAAUCUGCUGGCCACCAGAGUUGCUUGCCUUACAAUUUUUCUGGCUAUGGUGAUGCCUCUGUUUGAUGUCAUGGCAUUCCCACAGAAGGACUUGUCUUUGGAUGCAUGGGUUGGCCAGGUUUCAUACACGAAUGAGCACGAAGAGGCAGCAACGGUUUCUGAGUUGCGCAAAAUGGCAAAGUUCUUCGCUCAUCACAGCUAUGGGCCUUUCGCUGCAUGCAAAGGGCAUUUGGUACAAGACAAGUUUGUCUGCAGCGAGUGGUACGAGGACUGGGACCAGGUGAACUCUGCACCUGUCCGGAACGCAUCUGCGUGGAUGGUGCGCACACCGACUUUCCAGGUAAUCUUCGACAUGAGCAGGCCUGUAAGAGUGAAAGCUGCGGUCGCCUUGCUGAGCAUGCUCUUUACGGUUUGCAUCAUGCUUUGCUUCUCCAUCGCGCUUUCAUCAGUGGUAACCGACCUGGCAGUAACGCCUCUUGAGCGGAUGCUCGGGACGGUGCGAGAGAUAGCCGCGACAGUGUUUCGAUUCAGUUCUAUAGUGAUUGGUCAGCAAGAGGAGGAGGAGUCCCAGUCGGAGACUACAGACAUUGAUAAUGCCGGUGAGAUGAUCUUGCUGGAGAAGGUUGUUGAGAAGCUAUCGGCAAUCGCUGCAGUACACGCCAGCGUUGAACACGUCCUGGACACUGAGGACAUGGACGAGGAAAACAUCGGAAUCCUGAGUAUGCUCCACGGUGACCAUACGAGCAGAGCGAGUUUCAGAAGCCAUCCCCUAGACAAGGAGAGAUCACAGAGUCGCAUUCUGAGGAUAACUCCCGAUCUCAGCUUGGAAGCCAAUGGAGUUGAUGAAGAGACAUUCAACAGCUUGAGAUUCAACGUGUUCGACCUCACACCACUUCAGCUCAAUAAGAUGACGUGCCAUGUCAUGCUCUCGCACGCAUCCAGCGCUGCGAUCUUCAAUGGUGCUCACGGAGAAGAAGCGUUGCUCCAGACAUUCGUGUCCGCCGUGCACAAGGGCUAUCCCGAAAAUCCUUUCCACAAUUUCUGUCAUGCAGUGGAUGUGCAAACAACGAUUGUUAAGAUGAUGAAGCUGACAGAGGCAGGAUUCAACAACGGCUUUCUGUCCGAGGUAGGCCAUGAGCUCGCCAUUAAGUACAAUGACCGGUCUCCGUUGGAAAACAUGCACUGUGCCGUGUUGUACCAACUCUUGGCCAAGCCAGAGACUGAACUCUUUGGCUCGCUCAGCGACGAUGACUACAAGGAGGUGCGUCGCAUCUGUGUGGAGACCAUUCUGCACACGGACAUGGCAUGCCAUCAGAACAUGGUCAAAGACCUCAACCUUCUGUACCAGAUUCAUGCGGAGGCGUUGCGGCAAUCGGCUUCUCCUCAGCCCGGGAGGGUCAGCAGCAGACCAUCUAUUGCCAGACCGAGCAGACGGCGCAGGAGUGUGCUGGAGGGUGCAACGGACCCGUCUCAGAUCUUCUCAGCGCCGGAGCACAAAAUGCUGGUGAUGGAGUCGCUGCUGCACGCAGCUGAUGUGUCGAACCCUGCACGUGAGUGGCAUGUCACUCAAGCCUGGGCUGACAAGUGCCUCGAAGAGUUUUUCGCUCAAGGUGACCAGGAACGCAACCGGGGCAUUCCAGUGCAGUUCUUGAAUGACAGGCAAAAGUUGAAUCGUCCACAUUCACAGAUCGGCUUCAUAGAGUUCAUGAUCUCGCCACUCUUUGCAGCACAGAUCUGGCUUUGGCCCAAUCUGUUCGAGUACGGUUCCUGUUUGUCCCUGAACAUUGGGAUGUGGCAGGAGCUCUGGGAAGAAGAGACCGACCCAUCGGAGGAUGAGCUUGAGAAGGUGACCUCCCGAGUGGAUCAAGUACAGGAGAUGUUGUCUUGCGCGGCUAUGCGCAUUGCCACUUGGCGCAUACAUGAUGCCAUGCAGCCUCUGCAACGGCUGCAGCAGGAGCGCCACGGCAAGGUGGUUGAGCUCUUGCAGUCGGCCAUCGCAGAGCGAGAUGUGCCUCAACGUGUCAAGCUCCUGCUUCAGUCUGAAGACGUUUUACUAAAGGCAGACACUUUGCCAGAGACUGUCGCGAGCUGUUUAGAGUUCUAUUUGAACUUGCACGCUGAUCCCAGCCCACCGCUGCGGCGGUAUGCAGCCCAUUUUAUAGAACGCCUGCUGCUGUGCAAGCCAAGCCUCUCGCUGCGGUGCUCGACGGCUAUUGCCGUGUUGCUCGCUGAUGGUGAUGCUGCUGUGCAGGAACUGGCUUUGAAAGCGGCGUCUGUGCACCACGGAAGGGCUUUGUUCGCUCUGGCGAAGGAGGAUGCCUCAGAGUCUCAGCGAGUUGCUGAGCAGCUGCGGCGGCUACAGGACAAGGCGAGAAUUCUUCUACAUUCUGACAACGUGUCGCUUCUAGCCAUGGCGACACGGUGGGCAGUCGUGGUGAUCCUGUCGCAAACGGCCUCACCAUUGCUACUGAACGUGCGUCUGCCUGCGGAGCUUAGAGGCAUCAGUUGCAUUCAGGACCUUCCCACUACACGAAUGGGGAUGCAUUCUUCUUCCCUCCUCGAGCCAUUGUCAUUGCAGCAGCAGGCAGAGGAGCUUUUUGAACUCCUGUUGAAACUCCUUCGGCAAGCCGUUGCGUCGUACAAUGAUGGAGGCCGUACCAAGGCACCUCAGCUGAUCGGUGCAGUGGGUGCCGUCGCAAGGCAGCGACCGAGCAUGCUGCCCGCGUGCCUCGACGUGUUCAAGGCUAUUCUGCUAGUCAAAGAUGCGCUUGGAGCACAAGUCCAUGGUGAGAUUCAGAAGCUCGUGGCAGCGGAGAUUCAGCUGUUUGUCGCUUCUGGGCUGACCACAGAGUGGUCUGCGGAUCUCCUUGACCUUUGUCAGCGAACUGCUCAGUCCGGUUCCUUCGAAGAGCUAUCCACACAGGCCAAGUACAAGCAGAUCAGCAUGGUCACUGAUGACUUGGACGUUGCCUCUCGUGCAACAAAACGGGCCAGAAGAACAGAGUCAUCAAAGCAC